UUGGCGUCCAUGUGCGUCGUUUUGAUUGACAUGGCGGAGUCUCUCAGUUCGCGUCGCGCCGCGCCAGCAGACAGGCAGGACUCGAGCCUGGGAAUACAAAAACACGCAGCAGCAGCAGCUCCGUCUGUUUGAAGACACUUUUAUUACAGCGAGGUAGGGCAGUUCAGUGAAUUUCUCCAUGAAUGUACGUCACAAUGAUGAUGACAGACCACAUUCCACUGGACUUGGCUCAGUCCAACCUCCUGAACAGGGAGGUCCCGCUCAUGCCGCACAUGGUUAACGGGGAUGCAGCUCAGCAGGUGAUCCUGGUACAGGUCAACCCUGGGGAGACUUUUACCAUCAGGGCAGAGGACGGCUCAUUGCAAUGCAUCCAGGGUCCUGCUGAGGUUCCCAUGAUGUCCCCAAAUGGCUCGAUACCCCCCAUCCACGUACCCCCAGGAUACAUCUCACAGGUCCUGGAGGACACCACGGGGGUCCGUCGAGUGGUGGUGACCCCUCAGUCUCCAGAGUGCUAUCCUCCCUCCUACUCUCCGGCUCUCUCGCCCACGCACCACCUCCCACCGUACCUAGCUCACCCCCAUUUCAUCCCAAACUCUCACUCUUUUUACCCACCCGUCAGCCCCGGUGAGCUGCCCCAUCACCAGUACUACCAGCACCAUCUGCCUCCUAUGUAUGGCGACCCAGAAAUCAUUCCAGUUUAUGGGAUGUCAAACUUCUUAGGCAGUGAAGAGUCGUAUGGAAAGCCGCAGCCCAAAAAGAUAAAGGAUCAGAGACUGGAGCGACAGAACCGCCUCAAUUCUCCUCCCAACACAAUCUACAAGAGCAGCCUGGGACCCGCACACAACGGAUACAGCAACAAAUCACAUACCCCCUCGCUCGGGUCAGUGGGUUUGGGAGGAGGAGUCGGCAGUCCAGGUGGGAAGAAACCAGAGAAGCGACUCCGUAGCAGCCCGCGCAACGGUGAAUCAGAGACACACACAGCAGAUCAUGAUUCAGAGGCCAAACGUGUCCAGGACAUGCUGUCUACUAUCGACAAACCACAGGUUUCAAACGUGCAAGCACGGGCAGCCCGGCUAUCGUGGGCGCCCCCCGCAGGGCUGCUGAACAGACACACCAACGGCAUGCCCCUGUCCUGCUCCUACGAAGUGUCGCUGUCAGACAAGGGGCGUGAUGGGAAGUACAGACCUGUAUACAGUGGUGAAGAACUAGAAUGUCAUCUGAAAGAUUUGCGGCCUGCAACGGACUACCACGUACGGGUCUCUGCCAUCUACAACUCAGUGCGAGGCUCAUGUUCGGAAGCAGGCUCCUUCACCACACACUGCAGCGUCCCGGACGUGCCGUUACCGCCCAAGCUGUCCCACCGCACCAAAAGCACGCUCGCCCUUCAGUGGAAGCCUCCAGUCGACAACGGAUCCAAAAUCACAAAUUACCUGCUGGAGUGGGAUGAGGGAAAGAAGAACAGCGUCUUCAGAGAAUGUUACUUUGGUAGCCAGCGACACUGUAAGCUGACCCGAAUGUUUCCCGCCUGCGGUUACACCUUCAGAGUGGCUGCGCACAACGACAUAGGCACAAGCGGCUUUAGUACAGAGGUGGUGUUCUACACCAUGGGUACUCUGCCCGCCCUCCCACUGGCACCACGGCUGGUCAGGGCCGGGGUUUCCUGGGUGACCCUGGAGUGGGGUCGUCCUGAAGGCAGUUCCAGUGAGGAGCAGCUGAAAUACACACUCGAGAUCCAAGAAGACAACAGCGGAAAUGAUUUUCAUCCAAAGUACACUGGAGAAAACUUGACCUGUACUGUACAAGGCCUGAAGAGGAGCACGCAGUAUAAAUUCAGGCUGAUUGCCUCUAACAUGGAGGGAAAGAGCAGUCCUAGUGAAGUACUGGUGUGCACCACCAAUCCAGAUAAACCCGGCCCUCCGUCUACCCCACGUGUCACAGCGUCGACGCCUCACAGUUUUACCGUCACAUGGGAUCCUCCCCAGGACAAUGGGGGCUCAGAGGCGCUCACAUAUUUGCUGGAAGUCUCCGAUGGAUGCUCUGAAGCGAGCCAGUGGGAUGUAGCCUACAGCGGUCCAGCAACAGAAUGUGUGUGUGACCGUCUGACACCUGGGACAUCGUACCGCCUUCGCGUCUGUAGCAUCACCACAGGAGGACACAGUCAGUGCACCGUUAGCGUUCCAGUGCGCACGCUGAGUGUCCCACCAGGACCCUGCUGUCCGGCAAGGGUUGUCGGGAAAGCCAAGCACAAGGAAGUGCAGUUGGAGUGGGACUCCCCUGUCAGAGAGGGAGUGUGUGAGGAGUGUGUGUUCAGCCUGGAGAUGAGCGAGGGAGAUGCCAAGCCAGCUGAAGUUUAUCAUGGGUCGGAGCUGCAGUGCACCGUGGGUAGUUUACUGCCUGGUGCCACCUAUAGCUUCAGACUGCGAGCUGCUAAUGAGGCAGGGUUCGGUGCAUACUCUGAACCAACGGAAGUCACAACUGCAGCGGGUCCUCCGGGCCAGUGUGCGGCGCCAGUCAUCACUCUCACUAGUAACACCUGUCUGACACUCAACUGGGAGAGUCCUGAGGGGUCGGGUACAGACAUCUCUGAAUAUCGCCUGGAGUGGGCCCGGGAAGACGAACCCAUGGAGCUCAUCUACUGCGGCUCAGCCACACAGUGUGAACUCUCUGACCUGACGCCUGCCACGAGUUACUGCUGCAGACUACAGGCUGUCAAUCAGGCAGGUGCAGGUGCUUACAGCGAGCAGGUCAGUUUCAGGACCCCCGCCACGAAUCCAGACCAGGUCAACACGGUCAGCGUGUUGGACCUUCCAGCCUCCUCAGAGUCGGGUCAUUCUCGGUCCACUUGUCUCCACCUGAGAUGGGAAGAGCCCAAUUGCAACGGGGCCGAGAUCUCGUCGUACGUCAUCAGCGUGGACGGCCGAACCGUCACGGUGGAGUCGGGGACAAGUCACCUGAUCACAGACCUGCAGCCGGACACCGAAUACAGCAUACAGAUCCAGGCGGUGAACGCCAUUGGCUGCAGCCCCUCGAGUCCACCUCUGGUGGCGCGGACACGCCCCCUUCCUCCAUCGCCGCCCCAGCUGGAAUGCUCCUCUGCUGGCCCUCAGAGCCUCAAGUUAAAGUGGGGCGAGAAUGCCAACAGCACGCGGACCCUGCUCGCUGAUGACAUCAUCUACAUGCUGCAGAUGGAGGAUAAGAACCGCAGGUUUGUCACCAUCUAUCGGGGACCCAGUCACACCUACAAGGUCCAGCGGCUGGUCGAGUCCAGCAGCUUCACGUUCCGAAUCCAGGCGAUCAGUGAUGCUGGCGAGGGGCCCUUCUCGGACACGCACACCUUCAGCACCCCCAAGUCUGUCCCCCCAGCUCUGAAAGCUCCCAGAGUUCACCAGCUGGAGGGGAACGUGUGCGAGGUUACCUGGGAGACGAUCCCACCAAUGAGAGGAGAUCCGAUCAGCUAUGUCCUCCAGGUGCUGGUGGGUCGGGAGUCUGAAUACAAGCAGGUUUUUAAGGGAGAGGAGGGCUCCUUCCAGAUCGCCGGUCUCCAGAGCAACACAGACUACAGGUUUCGCGUGGGCACCUGCCGCCGCUGCCUGGACUCCAGCCAGGAACUGUGCGGACCCUUGAGCCCCUCCUCCUUGUUCACGCUGCGGCGCCAGGAGAGCUCGGCGUCGGGCGAGCCCUGCCCCGUGGAAGCCAGCAAAAGCUCGGGCCUGAUCUCCAGCGACGAGCGCUUCGCCGCGCUGAUCGUGUGCGUGUUCGCCGGCGUCUCCAUCCUCAUGGCCUGCCUGCUGCAGUACUUCUUCAUGAAGUGAGGGAACCUAUAGGAUAGAAAGAGAAACCCAAUCAUUGUCUCUGGAACCAAUCAAAACACUUGAUGUGCUUCUGAGGAAAAGUCUCUUCCUCUGCGUCGAUCUCUGCGCUCCUCUGUCUCCAUAUCUCCGUGUCCUUUCUGCCGAGGGAAGCCGCUCGGCCUCAGUCGGGAACGAGAAGAAUCAAGCCUUAAAGCGAGCCGCUCCCCUCGGACCCGCCUGCAUGUUGUGUGUACUGUGCGCCCUCUUCAGAUCCCACCUGCCUUUCCUUCCCUCUCUCCCUUCCCUCAGCCAUAUUCCCAGCUUUAGCCACGCCCCUCCCCACACCUGGCCCAGCAGCCUCGCGACUCCCAAGCGCCUCGCGACAAACACUUUUCCUCGGAAGUCGUCGUCACAUAUCGGCCAAUCAGCAUUCACCGAAUCAGCAACCAAAGUGAUGCAAUCCAUGUGUGGUGUAAGAUGCUGCUAUCCUGUGAUUUUACUUUUUGUUGUUGUUCUAACUCGCGAAAGAAUGAGAAUCCAGUACUCUAAUAUAUACACACACACACACACUCGCACACACACACACACACAAUAUAUAUAUUCAUAUAAAUGUUUAUGAUAGCAAAUAUCUAUGAGGCUGUAGAAGAGGUGUUGGCAGUGUGAUGCGGCUCAGUUCUGAACACAGGGUUUAGGGGCAUGUGCCUGACACAGCAGACCCUGAGGUGCCAGCUGAUCCCAGAUCUGUGUUGCCAGGAGCCUUCUCUCUUUAGCAUUCCCUCUCGCUUUGGAUCCAUCCACCUUCUUCCUUUGUUUUGUUUUUUUUUUAAAUGGGUGCUCUAGCGUAACCAGUAGUGGGGGGGUCUUUUUUCCCUCGAGGUCAAGCUUUAACUAGAGCUCCCCGCCGACUCGUCCCAACUUGCACCUACAAACACGACGCCAAGGUACAGCCCACCCCCCCGAUGAUCCAAAGAAGUUCCCCCACACCACUUUUCACUUGGGUGCGAGGAGGGAGGGGAUGUGGGUUCCAGUUCCGCCUCUCAGCUCUGAUUGGCAGCCUGUAACGUACCUCAGGGAAAAGGCCUUCUGCGGGGCAGGCGUGACCCCGCCCCCGCCCGCGACCGCUCCUCUCGCCGCGCUGUGUCUCGUCCUCGGCCGACGCUGUGCCUUGCUCCCGUGCGUGUCAGUUAUCCGUGGUUUACUAGCUCACAAAAACCUUUGCCAAAGUGGAUGGGAAAGUUCUUUUUGUAGGUCUUUAUUUAUACUAUAUAUUUGCAUACAGUACUUUACAUGCCAAUUACAGUGCAAUCUUCAUUUAUUUAUUGUUUAAAGAGACAAGUGUAGUUAUAUACUAAUUUUUUUUUUUUUUUUUCCUGUAGCAUGUUUUUAAUGGAUGUACGUUAGAUUGUAUGAUUAAGGCCAGCAUUCCUUUUAACCCUUUAAGUAUUUCUCUUACAGAAGUGUAGCUCCUCAGUCGCAGUUAUCGCUGUUUAAAAACAUGUAACCAAAUGCAAGUAUGUAUCGUACCGUGCUGCACUCACCGGAAACCAUGUUGCCGACGAUUUUGACUCUAAACUGACUGAAAAACAUCUUUUUAUCCAGUCAAGAUGUUUGUUUUUACCCCUUGAUUUUA